UCGUCACCAUAAGGAAGUGACCUCACACAGGGAGUUUCGGAGAGGUGCCCGCAUCCUGCCCCAGCUGCUGACAACCUCACACAGCUGGGCUCCGGUGCCAAGGAUCCAGGCAGCUGGACUGGGCGGCUAGUGUCCCAGGUAGGACCACCGGGCAGCUGCCACCUGCAUGCCAUUCACAGAACCUGGUCCGGGGCGCUCCUCUGAGCCAGCCGCCUGUUUAUCCCUUACAGUGACCCUGAAGGGCAGGCGGAGGCGGGGCUGGUCUCAGGUCUGGGUUUUACGCUCUGCUGCCACUGUCUUGACAUUUUAAAUACACUUUGAAUCAGGGGACUCUCGUUUUCAUUUUGCGUGAGCUCCGCCAUUGAGGCCAAUUCCGACGCCAGAGGUGGUACUUCCUGCUGUAACCACCCCAGGGCGCAGCUGGGGGGCAGGGGCGCGGGAAGUUAGGAGACCUGGAGCAGCCGGGGUCCCCGGGGUCCUCUCGGCCGGCUUCACCCCCACCCCUGGGAACCCAGGAAGAGCCGGCUUUCGCUUCCUGUCUAUUAAACCCUUUAAAGGAAGAGGGUAAAUAAAACCGCCCGUCUGCCCAGCUGGAAAGCGAUGACUCAGCCGCCCCCGCCGACCCUCGCCCCCAGGCCGAUCCCAGAGAGCGGGCGUCGCGGCCCAGCCCGGACCCCUCGGCUCCCGGGACCUCUCUCCGGUCCGGGUCGUGGGGGCGCGGUGGGAGCAGUCCGUCCCCCCGUUCGGGACACUACGAGGGCGCAGGGAGGAGAGCGGGCUUCCUCUUCCCCUCCCAUUGACUGAGCUCUAUGGGUUGCUGUUCUAGCCCUUUCCACGUGUUCCCUAAUCCAGCAAAGGUGACUGUUCCCCCUGGGAAGGGCCCCCGAAGAGGACGGAACGGCCAGCGCUCGGGAUCCCACGCCCGGUACGACAUGAAGUCCCCCGACGAGGUGCUACGCGAGGGCGAGCUGGAGAAGCGCAGCGACAGCCUCUUCCAGUUAUGGAAGAAGAAGCGCGGCGUGCUCACCUCCGACCGCCUGAGCCUGUUCCCCGCCAGCCCCCGCGCGCGCCCCAAGGAGCUGCGCUUCCACUCCAUCCUCAAGGUGGACUGCGUGGAGCGCACCGGCAAGUACGUGUACUUCACCAUCGUCACCACCGACCACAAGGAGAUCGACUUCCGCUGCGCGGGCGAGAGCUGCUGGAACGCGGCCAUCGCGCUGGCGCUCAUCGAUUUCCAGAACCGCCGCGCCCUGCAGGACUUUCGCAGCCGCCAGGAACGCACCGCACCCGCCGCGCUCGCCGCACCCGCCGAGGCCGCCGAGGCCGCCGUGGCCGCCGCAGCCUCCGAGCCCUCCGGGCCAUCCCCGCAACCCAAGCCCCGCACGCUAUGAGCCCGCCGCUGGCCGUACGCUGGACGAGUCGGACCGAGGCUAGGACGUGGCCGGCGCUCUCCAGCCCCGCAGCAGCAGCAGAACUUCCCGUGCUCGCGGAUCCUUGCUCCGUUGCACGGGCGCCUUAAGUUAUUGGACUAUCUAAUAUCUAUGUAUUUAUUUCGCUGGUUCUUUGUAGUCACAUAUUUUAUAGUCUUAAUAUCUUGUUUUUGCAUCACUGUGCCCAUUGCAAAUAAAUCACUUGGCCAGUUUGCUUUUCUACCA